AUGAAACGAAACCUGUUGUUGUCAAUUCUGUCAUCUCGAUUGACAAGAGCAAGUGCUCGCCAAGAAUUGGGUCAUCCUUUCAAAUUCUUGAAGGCUUCCACACCAGUUGUUGCACUUGGUUGGAAGUCUCUCUUUCCGAAUCAUCAUCAUGGAAUGAGUCAGAUCUCUGCAUAUGAUCCACAACAAGAAGAACGACGAGCUUUUCAUUCCUCUCUUCGCUUCUUCGAACAACAAGAACGAACAUCCAAUCAUGAGUGUUCCAGCCUAACAUUACUAGAAGAACAAUUUCAACAAGUGAUCCAACAAAUACAUUCGGAAAUGUCCCAAUGGAAUGAUGAUCAUCCUCCUUCCUCCACACCUAAAACCUCACACCAUCGAAAACUCUCCAAUAUUCUCUUGAUGGAAUUAUUUCGUUUGGUGGAUCUGGGUCCGGGUGCCAUGUUGAGUAAAUUGCAAGAAGUAGACUCAGCGUUUGAUCGCAUGCGAGACUAUUUGCUCUAUCGAGAACUUCAUUUGAUAUUUCUGAAAGGACUCUUUCAAGAGUGGUUUGAUAUACAGAAAUUGCAAACGCUUUUUGAACAUGAUAAUCCUCAUGGAGGUAUUUACAAGUAUCCGAAAUUAGCAGCAACAGACACCACAGUACAACCAUGCUACAAGGACGAGACGCACUUUUUAUGUUGUGUUUGGGAUUCAAAAGUAGCAAUUGCCGCUGCUUUACCUCGAGGAGUCGGCAACAGGAGAGUAUUCACCAAGCAAGACCUUAUUGCAAACUUUUAUUGGUUGUUUACUCGGUUUAGGGACAUGCCAACAGAGAAACAAGCUCUCAUCGAUUAUGCCAAAAUGGUGUUGAAUGGUUAUAAGGAAACAAAGGAAGCUUAUUUGAAAAGUGUGAGGAGAGAGAAUGUCGACGAUUUCAACACUCGAAUGUAUGAUGUUAUGGAGAAUGUAUUUGCAUUUACGAGAGAAACUUUCACAGAAGAUGAAUUUGAUUGGUUUGAAGAUUUGGAAACAAAUUUACCAUUGCAUUUGGGAGCUUGUUUGAAGGCUAUUGAAAUUCUCUCUCAAUUUAAACAUUAUCAAGACUAUUCCCAAAUGUUGAAAGACUUGGAUAACUGUGUUAAAAUCAAUCCAAACAAUCCCUAUAUUUUAUACUUGAAAGCAUCACUAUGUAGACAUUUAAUGAGCGAUCCAAGACAAGAGACUGUUGCUUUUUAUCAAGCUGGAAUUGAAUCUUGCAAUGCCGCAUUGGAUGUCAUGAAAAAUCACGUGAAUAUUCAUUUCACAUCAGCAUCACCACAAAGAGAUCGAUUGACAAAAACCAGAUUCGAUGCUGAGAAUGAUAUUAAUUCCAAUGAAGAAGAUGAGCUGGCACAAGAACCAAUUCCAGAUCUAAAAUUCACACCAAUUCUCUUUUUACGGGCUGGAAUUUAUAAUUUAUAUGCUGCUAACCCUUCACUUCAUCCUUCGUCAAAAAUACGAGCUGGAAUGAGUGCUUUAAAUGAUUUGAAACAAGUGGAAAGAUUUUCCAGAAUGCCCAGCGAAUCCAGUUUUUUGAACACAAAAGGAUAUGCCUACUAUUGUUCUCAACAAUUUGAAAAAGCGGCUACAUGCUUUGCUGCAAUUGAGAAAUUUGAACAUGUCAUUAGUCGUGCUUCGAUUAUUCAAGCCAUUUGUUCGACUGCGACCUGUGUGAUGGAAUUGGGUUAUACUGAUUUUUGCUUGGAAAAAUUAGAGGAAUAUAUUGUUAAAUAUAAUCAUCAUCCAUCAUUGGUUGCACACAAAUUGGAUUGUCAUCGAGUAUCAUGCCGUUCCAAAGAUGAUUUGAAAAAUCUGUUACCCAUGCUCCAUAAUUUUGCAAAUUCUUUGAAAAAUACUUCACAAACAGAUCCAGAAAACUUCAAGAGAUACUAUGCAGAGACAAUAGGAUAUAUUGAAAAAUUUCAGAAGAUUGUUGAUAAUCCAUCUUUUCCAGAGAGGUGGGGUUAA